GGGCUUUUGCCGGUGGUACGUUACCGUCGCGCUCCGCAAUCGUCGAGCCAACGUCAUCUCGUGCGACAAAAAUCGUAUACAUUACACGGCUCGACACGAUUUCCACUGACAUCCGACAGAUUAAUACGUUUUUUAAUUUUUAAUUUUUUGUACAUUAAUUUAUUCAUUCGUAUACGAAUUCGGUUUACGUCGACACAAAGUUCUUUUACAAUAUCAUACACGUUAUAAUUCACUCGGAAAACAGCAUAGUCGCGAACAUUUUUAUCGCCGUAUAGAUCUUCUCAUAUAUAAUUCAUUAUUUUACUUUAUUGUAUGAUAAAUUAAGAUAUCGUAAAUAACAAUUUCUUUUUAUAAGGUCUGCGCGAUUUGUCCUCGAAAGUUUCUCUAAAGCUUCUCAAAAAUAUUCAUUAUAGUUUUUUCACUUGAUUUUUCGCUAUUAUUAUUUUUAUGAAAAUUGUCUCUACCAUUUGUCAAUUAAAAUGUCCAACGUAAGUUUUUGCUGUUGUUACAAACAGGCGGAUGUGAUGAAAUGCGUCGACACAAUUGUGGACAAGUGUACGGACCCGGGAUGUUGCCUAUCUCGUAUGCGCCCUCGUUAUAAACGACUUGUUGAUAACAUCUUCCCAUCUGUACCUCAGGAUGGCUUGGUGAAGAAUAAUAUGGAAAAGUUAACAUUCUAUGCUUUAUCGUCACCAGAAAAAUUGGACCGCAUUGGUGAAUAUCUAUUUCAGAAGGCUAGUAGAGACAUCUCUCGCAAGAGAAAUGAGUUUGUAAUGAUUGCUAUGGAAGCUAUGGACCAGCUCCUUGUAGCAUGCCAUGCCCAAACUUUAAAUUUGUUUGUUGAAAGCUACUUACGCAUCGUGCAAAAGCUACUUGAAUCAUCGGAACCCAGUUUACAAAUACUAGCCACACAAUCGUUUGUGCGAUUUUCUAAUAUCGAAGAAGAUACUCCAUCAUAUCAUAGGCGAUAUGAUUUUUUUGUUUCUAAAUUUUCUUCCAUGUGUCAUAACAACAAUCCAAAUUUGGUCACUAUGGAAAUGAUUCGAAUGGCAGGCAUUAAAGGCAUUCAAGGAGUUAUCAGGAAAACAGUCUCUGAUGAUUUAGUCGAAAAUAUCUGGGAACCUGUUCACAUGGACAAAAUUGUUCCGUCUUUAUUAUUUAAUAUGCAUACAAUGAAAUCAAAAACUGAUAUAGUUGUUGAAAGUGGAAUUUCAGAAGAGGUCAAUGAUAAAACUGAUUCAUUUUCAUUAGCAGAAUCUUGUUUAAGAGAGUUGAUUGGACGUGCAUCAUUUGGUCAUGUUAAAAGUGUCAUUCGCCCUGUGCUAAAACAUCUUGACGCUCAUCAUAUGUGGGUGCCAAAUGUAUUUGCUACACAGUGUUUUCGUAUUUUAAUGUUUUCAAUUCAAUCUCAAUAUUCAUAUGCUGUUGUGGAGACUCUGAUGACACAUUUGGAUGAAAACAGCAACGCUUCUCCCAAAAUUCGGACCAGUAUUGCUGAUGUACUAUCAAAGAUUAUUGCUAUUGCAGCUAAUGAAAGUGUUGGACCAACAGUAUUAGAAAUAAUAAAUUCCUUGCUUACAAAUCUGCGUACAUCAGUCACUAGGCGCCCACCAUCUAACAUUGGCCUUUCUGAAUCUGAUGGUGAAAAUGAAUAUAGAGAAGCACUUAUACAUGCUCUUGGAGAAUUUGCUGCCCAUUUGCCUGACUAUCAAAAAAUUGAAAUCAUGAUGUUUAUUAUGUCCAAAGUACCACAAUUCAAAUCUUCAAAUAAUCCUAAUGAUCUUCAUGUACAAAGAAUGUGCUUAAAAUCUCUUUUGAUGGUGAGCACCAAGUAUAGUUCAGUACAAAUGAAUGCUACUUUUCCCCAAUCGUUCUUGGAUUUAUURUUGAAAACAUUAACUGCUGCUGAAGACGAAAUUCGCUUUAUUGUCUUACGCAUAUUACAUACACUCUUGGACAGGCAUAAUAAUGCAUCUAAGCUCUCCAAAGCUACGGUGAAUAUCUCCAAAUCUGAUAUAAACCUAGAGAAAUGUUCUCGCAGUGAUACAAUAUUUAUCCGAAAACACGCUCAAGAUAUUUAUGUAUCUAUCUAUGAAAGCUUAGAAAUGACUAACAAUACUGUUGACAAUAUUGAGGCUGUGUACACAACUUUGGCUUUAAUAUGUAUUGAAUUAUUGUCYGAGGAAACUGUUUUAGACUUUAUCAGACUGAUUUUAAGUGUACAGGAGCUAGCCAUUACUAACGCUGUACUUUCAACGCAACAGAAAUUCCAAUUGCAUGGUUUGGUUAUUAGUGUUAUCCUCUUGGUAGCCAUUGUGACAGAUUUACAUCCUCUCAAGGACUAUGUGGAUAAAGUAAUUGAACAGAGAAAAUUAUUAAAUGCUACUCAUUUGUUACCAGAAUUAAGUGUACAUAAUGAAGUGAAGUCGGCCAGUCUAUUGCCAGCUGGUGUUUUAAUUGAAGAACCUGAACUAACUGAAGCUUUAAAGGCUUCGGGAAUUGAUAUUACAACUGAGACUGGUCCAGUACUGGUACAUAGACGUAGCUGGGUUGAAAAUACCAAUAUGUCUAUGAAAGGAAGUUUCACUGAUCUGAGCAAUUUAGAUUUAGAUAGCGUCAAUUCCACUCCAGCAAUGCAAAGACGUUUUUCUCCAAAUGAAGACCUUUCAUUUGAAGCAAUGAAACGUUCACUGUUGGACAACMCUGCAGUCAGAGUAGAACAAAAUACCAGGCAGACYCAACUGUGCGAUAUGUUCAGAAACACAUCAUUCCAAGAUUUAGUGGCAAUUUCCACUGCAUCAAAGGAUGAAGAAUCAUUGCAUUCAAAAAUAACUGAUGUGUUCAACAGAGUGGAUAUGUCGAACAAGCAAUCAACUGUUGAAACCACUAAACAGCCUAAACCCAUCUAUGAGACACUGUUCCCAGAAUUAUUUGCAUUUUAACAAUUUAUAUAUUUUAUUGACAUAUUGACAGAAUMAUUUUAAUGUUGAGUCUACUUAAUAAGUUGAUUACAUUUUAUUGUUGUUAUAACCUACUUAUAUCAAUAUGUAUUAGGCCAAGCUUUUUGUGCAUAUUCAUUGUAUUAAGCCAUUGGUAUUGUUACCAAGGUGAUGUUUCGUUUAAAAAUAUAUUUAUAUUUGUUGUGGUUUU